AUGCCAGAUGUCAAGACCGAGGUCUUCUACGGUGGUGUCAACAUCAAGCAGGAUGCCGAGAAGUUGAAGAACAAGGAGACCUGUCCUCACAUCGUUGUUGGUACCCCAGGUAGAUUGAACGCCUUGGUCAGAGACAAGUUGAUCCGUUUGAACAACGUCAAGCACUUUGUUGUUGACGAGUGUGAUCAAGUUAUGGAGCAAGUUGGUAAGUAUACCUCAAUGCCUUAA